GUUUUGGACGUUCAGGAAAAUCGCUUUUUGAUAGUUUCCAAGCUCCUCUUGAGUUGGAGAAGCGGCCAUUUUGGAUACUUACAGAAGUCCUGGGAUUCGCAGCCAUGUCUUGUGGGGCCCUUCAAAUCUUCUUUGUCUCUUUGUGGCUCCUCCGGUUGAGUUGCUCCCCGACGGGUGGACGGCCAUGUUCUCCAAGGAAUUUCGGUCACGGUUCCUUGGUGUGUGAAUGCGGGGCCGAUUAUUGUGACACCCUGGAGCCCGUCACUCUCCCUGACACGGGGUCUUUUGUGAAGUACGAAAGCAAUAAAGCCGGACGCCGCGUGGAGCGCAGCGAGGGUCCCCUGCUGGAGAAACCCCCUGAGAACGAUAAUCUGGUUCUGAAGCUGAAGACAUCACAGAAAUAUCAAAAAAUCAAGGGUUUUGGGGGAGCCCUCACUGAUUCAGCUGCCAUUAACAUCCUGAAUUUGUCCCCCAAAAGUCAGAGAAACCUGCUCAAAUCUUAUUUCUCCAGUGAAGGGAUUGAAUAUAGCUUGGUCCGUGUGCCCAUGGCAAGCUGCGACUUCUCCGUGAGGCUCUACACCUACGCCGACGUGGAGAACGAUUUUGACCUCAAGAAUUUUAGCCUGACGGACGAAGAUAUCAAAAUGAAG